AUGUCUGACUCAGUAGGAUCUUCACGAUCUCCAAGCAGGACAGAUUUACGCUCCCUUUCUUCUCGGGGAAACAGGCUGUCGCAAACGAUGAAAAACCUCAAUCCCAAGGCAAGAUCAAGAUCACAGUCGCCUAGCGGCAGAAGACUCAGAGAAGAGUUCAGCAAGAAUAAGUCAUAUAGUAGAGAUGCCUCCUUCUCCCAUAAUAGGUCGUCUUCCCGUACGGAGAUUAGUUCGCCACCACUUCUUGAAGACAGUGAGAGUGAUGAUGGAAAUACGCCUGUGUUACCCAAGUUCUUUUCUGGAAUGGGUGAAGUGGAAGCUUCUUCUUUUGUUGACAAUCAGAAAGCGACAGAUCUGGAAUCACGCACCGAAAGAAGUUUGGACAGAAGACAAGUUAUGGAGAGGGAACUGGAUCAAGAUGCAAGCUCUAUCAUUGAGAGAGAUUUUAAUGUAGGUACAGGUAUUCUUCCUACACUUUCGAACCACACCGACAUCAACGAGCGACCGAAUCAGAAACGAGUUGUGCAAUUCUACAACAGUAGUGACGAUGACGAUGAUGUUACAACAGAAGAGGAAUCUGAAGAUGUUAACCGUAACCGUUCUGGAACCGAUGGAGGAGAGAAGGAAAAAGAUUCUAGUACUGGAAGCUUCAACACAAUAGAUGCAUCCACAAUAGAGCAACAGCCAAGUCUUGGACAACGACUAAAGAGAAGAAUGUCCUUGUUCCGUAAAAGUGAUGACCCCGAGGCAGACGAAAACUAUAACGAACUUGAGAAAGUGGCGUCGAAGGUCACAAAUGAUUCCUCAAGUAGCAAUGGGUUAGUAUCAAGAAUAGUAAACUUUCGAUCCGGAAUCGGUGGUUUAAUUCCAGGAGCAACUAAGGAUCAGCCGACAAAGCAGUUGGAUGAAGAGAAUGGUCAGAACACUAGAGACGUUCAACUUGAAAACAUGAAUACUAGAAACUUGCAAACGGAAGCUAAAACGUUGAUAGAUCAGCAUGACAUCUACAAUAGAAUUCCAUCAUCUACCAGCUUGAUCACAGAUGGGGACGCCACUUUAUACGACUCCAAAUCGUCCGUAAAUGGCAGUUCAUCGUUUUUGACUCCUAAUCCAGAGAUGUAUCUUGAACAAGACUUAGAUUCUGAUCAAUAUUACGAGGACGGUGAUGUUCACAGUGUUAUCGCCCGCCCCAAAAAGUUUCAAGCCGGUGUCUUAUCGUCUCUUUUGAAGCUUUAUCAGAAUGAGGCUGGUAGCGUUUCAAGAGAGGCUUUGAGUGGCGAAACCAGUGGCUCUGUUACGCCUUUAUCGGGCACUAUGAGUCCAUCCAGAAUGGGUCACUCUUUAGGUCCUGAUGUCGCCAAACUCACAAGCAAGCUCAAGAAUAUAGGGCGAUCAAAGCAAACUUUAACCAUACCGGAAUCAGGCGACGACAAUGAUCUAGAUUCUGACGAUGAUGAAGGAACUUUGCAUCCCAAGUUUUCUAGAUCAAGAAAUUCUGCCGUCUCACUACCGGGGAUUUUGAAGAAGAAUGCCAGAGAUUCAUUCAGCUCUAAAUCUAAAGCCAGAGCCCAAUCCAAGAACAAAAGCAAAGAUGCAAAAGCUGAAGGUGUCGAAGGAGAAGAAGAGAUAAAUCUGCCCACUUUUGCUACUACAAGAGCAAAGAACCCAGCCAAUAGGAAGAAGAAAGCUAGCAAGUACUUUAAACCUCCCAAAAAGCAUGAGGCUCGUGCAAAGAUUACUGUUCAUAUUGCUGAUAUUUUGCAGCGUCAGCGAUUCAUUUUAAGGAUGUGCAAAGCAUUCAUGUUAUACGGAGCACCAACUCAUAGACUAGAGGAAUUUUUAACCAUGACAGCCCGAGUAUUAGAGAUUGACGCCCAGUUCUUAUACCUUCCAGGCUGUAUGCUGGUCUCGUUUGGAGAUGCUGCAACCAGGACUUCAGAAAUGCAACUAGUCAAGUGUUCUCAAGGACUGAAUUUAGGAAAACUGGAUGAAGCUCAUAAAAUUUACAAAGAUGUUGUGCAUGAUAUAAUUGGAGUAGAAGAAGCCAGUUUUAAAAUUGAUGAACUGUUGUCUUCCAAUAAUCCUUACCCUCCUUGGGCCUGCGUUUUAAUUUAUGGCUUUUCUAGCGCAAUGGUGACGCCUUUCGCAUUUGGGGGACGUUGGCUUGACAUGCCCGUGGCAUUUGGAAUUGGUCUUUGCGUUGGAGUGUUGCAAUUUUACAUGGCACCCCGAUCAAACUUAUAUUCGUCGGUUUUUGAAGUUUCUGCUAGUAUCGUGGUGAGCUUUUUAGGAAGAGCAUUGGGAUCCAUUCACGGCGGAGAAUACAUUUGUUUUGCUGCUGUUGUUCAAGGAUCUCUAGCAUUAAUUCUUCCGGGUUACAUCAUCCUGUGUGGAUCUUUGGAGCUACAAUCCCGUAGUUUGGUUGCUGGAGCAGUUCGAAUGUUCUACGCAAUUAUUUAUUCGUUGUUCCUAGGUUUUGGAAUAACUCUUGGGGCUGCCUUGUACGGCUGGAUAGAUUCCAAUGCUACAAAUAAUUCAGUUUGUCCCAGAACACUUUCGCCAUGGUAUCGUUUCAUAUUUGUACCCAUGUUCUCUGUUGGUCUGGCUCUCGUGAAUCAAGCGAAGCCCAUUCAACUUCCAGUGAUGAUUCUUAUAUCAUCCGCCGGCUACGCAUGCAACUACUUCGCAGGAUUGCAUUUUUCCCAAUCUACAGAAUUUACAGCAUCAAUUGGAGCUUUUGUCAUUGGUGUGUUGGCUAAUUUAUAUUCUAGGGUUGCCAAGGGAAUGGCCGUCACAUCCAUGUUACCAGGAAUUUUCGUGCAAGUGCCUUCGGGAAUUGCCUCGCAAGGAUCUCUGUUGGCGGGACUUCAAACUGCUAACGCUAUUGUUUCCAACUCCACUACCACCGAUGAACAAAACACUAGGUCCUCCAUGUCCUUUGGAAUUGCCAUGGUUCAGGUUGCUAUAGGAAUUAGUGUUGGUCUCUUUGCUGCUACUCUCUUUGUUUACCCGUUUGGUAAGAAACGUACAGCUAUCUUUUCUCUAUAG